UUCUGCUGUGCUGUCCCGGCGCGAGGGUGUUUGAUUUGCCUAGCACAGUCUGGGACAGCGUUUGCGCCCUGCCUCGCCUUUCCUCGGGGCAGCGCAGGGGUUCAGGCAGGCAGCAGAGCUCCCCUCGGAGCAGGCGCCGAAAGGCCAGGGCUCGCUGGUGAAGCUCCACGAGGCGAAGGCGUGUCCGACCCACCAGCCGGCGCCAUGGAUGUGUUCAACCGGAACAUUGACUUCAAUGCGCUCUUCAAGUUUUCCCACAUCUCCGCCUCCACCCAGCAGCACCUGAAGAAGGUCUAUGCCAGCUUUGCUCUCUGCAUGUUUGUGGCUGGGGCCGGCGCCCUCCGCCACUUACCUGUCUGUGUCCAACAGCUCAACCUGCUCUCUGGCCUGGGCUCCCUGGGACUGCUGAUCUGGCUCACGGCCACGCCCCACAGCAGGGAGACGGAGCAGAAGAGGCUGGGGAUGCUGGCUGGCUUUGCCUUCCUGACUGGAGCCAACCUGAGCCCUCUCCUGGAAAUGUGCAUCGCCAUCAACCCCAGCAUCAUCCCCACGGCCUUCCUGGGCACCGCUGUGAUCUUCAGCUGCUUCUCGCUGAGCGCCCUCUACGCCCGACGCCGCAGCUUCCUGUACCUGGGAGGCGUCCUCCUCUCUGGCCUCUUGCUGAUGCUGCUCUUCUCCGUGGUUAACAUCUUCGUGGGGUCCACUUGGCUCUUCACGGCUAACCUGUACCUCGGGCUGAUGGUCAUGUGCGGCUUCGUGCUCUUCGACACGCAGCUCAUCAUCGAGAAAGCAGAGAGCGGGGACAAGGAUUACAUCUGGUAGGGAGGGGCGUGGCAGCGCCGA